AUGCUGGCCAAGAAAAAAAAGCCAGUGAGCACAUCCUCGCUCAGAGUGGGGAAUUCUCGCGGCGGCAUUUUCUCACGGCAUCGGUCAUUACGUCCAGGGGACUUUUCGCCUCCCCAGAUCCGAUAUUUUAACAUCAAGCUGCAUCUGGUGGAGGCUGAUGAGCUCUAUACGGUGCCUGAGUGUCACCGCGACUUAACCAUAAGAAAUCUGAAGAACCGCCUGGAGCUCUUAGUUGGGAUCCCUGUGAAUUUCCAACGCCUCCACUACCUGGAUAGAGUGGAUCUUACUGACCACUCUACGUUCAAGCAUAAUGACAUUAUUCCCGGAGGAACCCUCACCAUGCGAAUAUGGCCACAAGACUCCUGGGGGCAAUUGGUGACUGCAGCUGUGACAGGACACAACAGAAAGAUUGAAGUUGCAGGAGGUACGAUGUCUUCCGAAUUUUCUACGGCCUAUUCCACAUUCCUGGGACCAGCGGAGAGGAGCGAAUGGUUAGCACACCGAACCUUUGUGGCUUUAUUUAUCAAUGCGCGCAGGGGUCGUUUGGAUGCAGUGGAUUUCCUGAUUCAAAAUGGUGCUGAUCUGGCAUAUAAAACGCCACUGGGUAGGACAGCCCUCCACGUUGCCGUCACCUCGGGCCACUGCGACUGUAUAGACCUGCUUCUUAGCUACGGGGCCAAGGUUAGCGAUGAGGACAAUGAGGGCCAUAAUGCUGUGAUGCUGGCCCGCCUGUGGGGGCAGAAGGAAUGUGAGCGGAGGCUCUUUCGGUAUCAGUGGAAGAUGCGGGUUGGCACAAGUGCUCAGCUCACUGCUGUCAAGACCAAAUCGGUGGAGAAAGUGGAACCUUGA